UUACGUCAUCACAACGAAGGCGGGACCAGGCGGGCGGGUGGCGCGCGCGCGGGCACGUGCCCGCUAUUAAUACAGGCAGCGCGCUUCGUUCAUCCCCGGUGGAAAGGCAACGAUGGCAGCUCCCAAGAAAGUGUGCGUGGUGGGCUCCGGAAACUGGGGCUCGGCCAUCGCCAAGAUCGUAGGAGCCAAUGCGGGCGCCAACGCCAAGUUUGACAGCGUGGUCAACAUGUGGGUGUUUGAGGAAAUGGUGGAUGGACGCAAACUCACCGAAAUCAUUAACACGGACCACGAGAAUGUCAAGUACUUGCGUGGGCACAAGCUCCCUCCCAACGUGGUGGCUGUUCCGGACCUGGUGGAGUCUGUGAAGGGAGCCGACAUCCUGUUGUUUGUGGUUCCACACCAGUUCAUCAUCCGUGUGUGCGACACCAUCAAGGGCCACAUCAAGAAGGACGCUCACGGCGUGUCGCUCAUUAAGGGCGUGGACGCCAGUCCGGAGGGUCUGAAACUCAUCUCCGAGGUCAUCCGAGGGAAGCUGGGCAUCGGGAUGUCGGUCCUGAUGGGAGCAAACAUUGCCAGCGAGGUGGCAGAAGACAAGUUUUGUGAGACGACCAUAGGAUGCAAAGACAAAGCACACGGGCCCAUCUUGAAGGAGCUGAUGCAGACUGCCAACUUCCGUGUGACUGUGGUCCAAGAGUCUGAUGUGGUGGAGAUCUGCGGGGCACUCAAGAACAUUGUCGCGGUGGGAGCGGGCUUCUGCGACGGUCUGGGUUUCGGCGAUAACACCAAGGCGGCCGUGAUCCGUUUGGGCCUAAUGGAGAUGAUCGCCUUUGCAAAGCUCUUCUGCUCCAGCGGGACCGUCUCGCCCAGCACGUUCUUGGAGAGCUGCGGGGUCGCAGACCUCAUCACCACCUGCUACGGCGGCCGCAACCGUAAGAUCGGCCAAGAGUUUGCCAAAACGGGAAAAACCAUUGAGCAGUUGGAGAAUGAGCUAUUGAAUGGUCAGAAGCUUCAAGGUCCGGCCACUGCAACUGAAGUCCAUCAAAUCUUGAAGCAGAAAAACAUGGUGGAAAAGUUCCCUCUGUUCACCGCCGUCCACCAGAUCUGCUUUGACGGCCAUCCGGUUGCAGAGUUCAUCAGCUGUCUGCAGAACCACCCUGAGCACAUGUGACGGUCCAUUUAAGACUUUGCUUGCCGAGAUGCCGUCGUACGGUAGCUGAGCCGGAUGGUGAGCGUUUUGGAGUCUCUCGCCAGCUCCUCCUGUUCUUCUAUCGGCUCUUAUCACGUUACGCAACGCUGUGGCCUUUCACGGAGUCGAAAAGGCGCCAGCAAGCCACGUCGUUGCAUAAAUCGUCCAAAGAAUCACCCACCGCUGGUGCAUAAACGCAAUGCACACUUGCACAAAGUGGAAAGUUGACACAAGGCCCAUUCAUACGUUUCUGCGCUGCCUUCGUCUGUCCUUGAUUUGAUUACUUCUUGGGGAAUAAACCACAUCAACGUCG